UAUGCUUUUUCUCAUGAUGUUCUUGGACAGACUUCUGAUAUAUUGUACUAUGAAGUAUUGGACAUUCCUCUGCCAGAAUUACAAUGUCUGAAAACUCUCAAAGUAGCAUUUCAUCAUGCUAUCAAGGAUGAAAUUAGUAUUCAUACUAUCAGACUACCAAAACAGAGCUCUGUAGGGGACGUUAUUAAUGAUCUUAAGACAAAGGUGGAGUUAUCUCAUCCUGAUGCAGAACUCCGGUUGCUAGAAGUUUUCUAUCAUAAGAUUUACAAGAUUUUUCCACUGAAUGAAAAGAUUGAGAAUAUAAAUGAUCAAUACUGGACAUUAAGGGCAGAAGAGAUUCCGGAAGAAGAAAAAAUUCUUGGUCCACAUGAUCGUCUAAUUCAUGUUUAUCACUUUACAAAAGACACUGCUCAGAAUCAGAUGCAAAUACAGAACUUUGGCGAACCAUUUUUCUUAGUCAUACAUGAAGGUGAGACUUUGGCAGAAAUAAAAGUGCGAAUACAGAAGAAACUACAAGUUCCUGAUGAUGAGUUUGCUAAGUGGAAGUUUGCAUUCCUUUCUCUGGGUCGCCCAGAGUACCUUCAGGAUUCUGAUAUUGUCUCCAGUCGUUUUCAGAGAAGAGAUGUUUAUGGUGCUUGGGAGCAGUAUCUUGGAUUGGAGCACUCUGACAGUGCUCCUAAAAGAGCUUAUGCUUCUAACCAGAAUCGCCACACCUUUGAGAAGCCAGUUAAGAUCUACAAUUAGGAAACAUAUGAAGAUGCAUGAAUUUCAUUUACGGCUCUAGAUGAAGUGGGUAACCCUCAAUACCAUUGAUCUGUAAAAAA